AUGAGGUUCCACCCCCUUCUUUCUGUUCUUCUGCUCUGUGUGACUAUAAUACCAAAAGGAAAUACUGGCCUCAUUCCAGGGACAAAGAGAUGCACUAUGUUGAAAGGAAAGUGCCAGGAGAAAGGAUGCACAACCACAGAACACAAGAUGGGCGAAUGCAGCAGCCACAAGGUGUGCUGCCGGAAGUGGUGGAUAUACGGACCCUACCCAACUCCAGUGCCCAAAGCAAAACCUUCGUAG